GGAGGCGGGCGGACCCGCCCGGGAGCCGGCGCUCACGGUCCGGGCGGAAACAUGGCGGCGGCCCGGCAGUUCCGGGCUUGCUCCUGCUUCUUCUCGGACAACCUCUUCGUGAGGCGCUGCGGGCUGCACGUCCGCUACCGGCACCGCGAGCAGCUCCGCAACGACUACGGGACGGCGCUGAGGGAGCGGGGCUGCGGCAGCCCCGAGGUGUUCGAGGCCGUGGUGCGGGAGAUCGAGGCAGAAGUGCAGAGAAGAAAGCAGUUAAUCCAUCAGUCGGCAGAACGCAAAGCCAUCAUCGCCAGCCGUUACAAACGAAAACACCCUGAAGUGUACAUUCUUCAGGAUUCAUUCCUGGCCCCGGAAUUUUUAGAAAUCGUUAGCUACUGCAGUUCACCAGAUGCUCAUCUCGAUGGCCUCCUGCGCUACACCGAGUCCUUCUCAGAUAAGAGGAUCUAUCGGCUGCCAGUGUUCACGGAGGAGUUCUGCAGAGCCUUUGUUGAGGAGCUGGAGAACUUUGAGCAGUCGGACAUGCCGAAGGGCAGGCCAAACAGCAUGAAUAACUACGGGGUCUUGCUCAACGAGAUAGGGAUGGAUGAAAACUUCAUCACGCCCCUGCGGGAGAAAUACCUGCGGCCCAUUACGGCUCUGCUUUACCCCGUUGGGGGCGCCUGCCUGGACAGCCACAAGGCGUUCGUGGUCAAGUACGCGCUGCACGAAGACCUGGAUCUGAGCUCUCACUAUGAUAACGCAGAAGUCACCUUAAACGUUUCGCUGGGAAAAGACUUCACAGAAGGCAACUUGUACUUCGGGGACUUCAGACAGGAUCCCAGCCCUGUGCCGAACUACAUCGAGGUCGAACACGUGGGGACGCAGGGGCUGUUACACAGAGGAGGGCAGAUCCACGGGGCGCUCCCCAUCGCCUCGGGGGAACGCUGGAACCUCAUCGUCUGGAUGAGAGCCUCCACCAUCCGCAACCGGCUUUGCCCCAUGUGCAACCAGAAGCCCGAGCUGGUCGAAGCAGAGGGGUUCGGAGACGGCUUCACGGAAACUGAGGAUGACGUCCCUGAGACUGUGGAUCUCUGUUCGCUGUGGUAGCAGGUGGUAGGGCAUGAUUUCUUCGGACCAAGUUGCCUGAAGCUGCUUUCUGUCCUCUCGGGCUGCACUGACAGACUCUGGUGGAUGCGUGAGUCACGUCACAAGUCGCUGUCACCUUGGCAGGGGAUGCAGAACCAGUCCUGCUGGGCUGGGGAAGCCGGCUGCGUCCCCUGCUGGUACUCAGGCAGGCAAGGGCUCCCCCUCGGCAUGGUGGAGGGAUGCUUGGAAGAUGUGGAAAGCCUUCAGCUGGAGUCACUGCAAGGGCUCUGUGAAUAUUUUCAGGGGUACAGGAAAAAUAAGUGAAGCUGCUUGGCCUUUGUGGAGACCUCUGUGCCAACAGCAGCAUUGCAAGGCUCUGUAAAUGGAAAAGAACAGUGCAAUAAAACCACAUACCCCACAGAAACAGUGCAAUAAAACCCGAAAUCUGCCACUUCUCUGCUA